GGCUGCGGAUAGGGCUGCAGGACGAUUGGGAGUGCUCAGCCUACUUCGUGCAUACAGAAGAAACGCACGCAAAUCGAAUUAUCAUGGGGUUGCAUACAGUAGAUGCUAUGGUUGGUAUAGGUAUAUGCAGAUGGAUGUGGUCAUCAGUCAAGCAGGUACUACUGUUAAGUGAAGUGGAGAACCGUUCGACAUUUCGAAGCUCCCCCGGACAAAGCAUCCAUCCAUGGAUGAGUUCAUCAUUGGAUCCAUCCCAAUCUCAUCCUCGUCUAACUAUAUCAUCCAAAAAUAAGACUGCCUCCAGGCUGUUGUGCCUUUGACUGUGACCACCAUACCCUCGCCGCCGCUUCGUCUCAUUUCCCUUAGCCCCUCCGGGUUCGUGUAACAGAGCGCUAUCUCAUCUUAAUUCUUCUCCCACCCGCAUCACACCUUCUUCCGCUCUUC